UUCCCGAGCAAGUCAGAGUCGCCGCGGGCGCGUCGCGCGCUGCUACCCCAGCCUCGGGCCCCCCACUGGUGUCCGCGCUGCCUCUAGGGCUCGCCCAGGCCCCGAAGGGAAAGACAAAGAGGCUGUCCGGGAGCGUCCCCCGGAGCCAGAUUUACCUGCAGUGCCCGGAACCACAGGCUUCAAGAUGGUUUGCGGGGGCUUUGCGUGUUCCAAGAACUGCCUGUGCGCACUCAACCUGCUCUACACUCUGGUUAGUCUGUUGCUGAUUGGAAUUGCCGCCUGGGGCAUUGGCUUUGGACUGAUUUCCAGUCUCCGGGUGGUGGGCGUGGUCAUCGCCGUGGGCAUCUUCUUGUUCUUGAUCGCCUUGGUGGGGCUGAUUGGAGCCGUGAAGCACCACCAGGUGUUGCUUUUCUUUUACAUGAUCAUUCUCUUACUUGUAUUUAUUGUUCAGUUUUCUGUAUCAUGUGCUUGUUUAGCCCUGAACGAGGAACAACGGGGUCAGCUUCUGGAAGUUGGUUGGAACAAUACAGCAAGUGCUCAUAAUGACAUCCAGAGAAAUUUAAACUGCUGUGGGUUCCGAAGUUUUAACCCAAAUGAUACCUGUCUGGCUAGGUGUAUGGAAAGUGACCACCACUGCGCACUGUGUGCUCCGAUAAUAGGAAACUAUGCAGAACAGGUUUUGAGAUUUGUCGGGGGCAUCGGCCUCUUCUUCAGCUUUACAGAGAUCCUGGGUGUUUGGCUGACCUACAGAUACAGGAACCAGAAAGAUCCUCGUGCUAAUCCUAGUGCAUUCCUUUGAUGAGAAAACAAGGAAAAAAUUUCACAUUCUGAUCUUGUUCACAGCUACUUUAAGUUACACUAAUUUGCCUGUUCAAGAAAACAGUAUCUGAAAAAUUACAUUAUCGACAGUGGAACUAUAUAUUUUUACUCUUAUGUUUCCCUAAGUGUUUUUCUUUUUCCAUUGCUGAAAAAAGAAAUAGAAACUUGUGGUCUCCUCUGAACCUCAGUGGUACCUGUAAUCUACUGUACUCACAGUGUCUGGCACUGUCCACUGUGGCCUUUCUUAGCAUUUUUACCUGCAGAAAAACUUUGUAUGGCACUACUGUGUUGAUCAUAUUGUGAUUCUAAAUCUACAUCUCACUGGAAUAACUCAGUGUAUGUAACACUGUGCUGUGUAGAUAGUUCCUACCAGAAAAAAGAGUUCAAGUUUAUGAAAGCCAGUAAGUAUGAGAUUCUAUUAUGUGAAGUUCAGAACGGGAAAUCAAAUUCCCAAUUUUUUCCUUUUUAGGAAGUAUGUAUUAUGGUGAAAAUUAAUGUAAAAGUGAUACUGUAGUUCUAGUAGUCCUUUAUGAUUACACUAAUGUAUUCUAGAAGUAGCUAUGUGUUUAGGAAAGUGUGGUUUAAUUUUUUAUUUUUACAGGUAAGUGCAAAGGAGAAAUGGUCUUAUAAAUGGUCUGAUAUGUGACAUUUGCCUUCAGCCUUCAAAUGGAAUGAGUUUGAGAAAUUCAGAAAGUGUAUCUGUAUAUUCCUGAUAUUCUUUUAUAAUAAUUUGAAGUCCAAAAGACUGCAUUUUAAACAAGUUACUAUUAAUGCAUUGGCCCAUGUAGCAAAAAGAUAUUUAUCAUACAAAUUGUUAAAUACCUUUUUCAUAAAAUUUCUCAGUGUUAUAACAGCAGCUUGUUAAAUCCAAGCAUAUUUGAAUGUGACCUCCCAUAAUUUGAAUUUGAAAUAGUAUGUGGUUCUGUAUAUUAUGUUAAAAAAAUUAAAGGAUGGUAACCUUUCUUCGUGUAUGGGUGUUUGUAUUAAAA